AUGAAUACCAAUUCAAGAAUCAAAAUAUUCAUAUUGCGAUCUAUAGAUUCAAUAAUCUGCUGUAAAUCAUUCUAUCCGAUACAUAGGUUGUUUACGUGGCUCUAUACAAGGUAUUUGAGUUUGUUUCAUGGCAUUAAAAUUAAGAAAACAACUGUUUUCCAGGAAGUUGAUAGUAAGGCAUUAGAUGAUGCAACACUCUACAGAAAGAAUGCUGUUGCCUUUAAGGGAUUGGAUGUUGCAUUCAUAUGCGAUGGAAAUAGAAGAUGGGCCAAAAGACGUAACAUAACUGAUAAAAAAGCAAAAAUAGAUCAUGGUCUCUAUAAAAUAGAAGAAAUAUCUCAGCAUGCGUACAUUCAUGGAUUCAGAUCAGUCUCAUUCUUUGUUUUUGCAAUCAAGAACUUUGCAAGAAAUAACGAUGAAGUAGACUCAAUCAAAAACUACACCUGUUCAGCUGAAUUCAAGGGGUAUCCAUUCAAGAUUCGUAUCUAUGGCAAUUUAUCACUAUUCAAAUCAAAUCAGGUUGCUGAAAAGCUCCUUGAAUUAGAAGAGAAGACCAAGAACAAUUCAGAUGAAUUCACAAUUAACUUCUUCAUAGCCUACAACAGCAUAGAAUGCGACAAAUAUACAGAAGAAAACAGACUCUUCUUCAACAAAAACGUAGAUAUUCUGUUCAGAACAUCAGGUGAAAGAAGACUCAGUGAUUUUAUGCUUCGUCAAAUAGCCUCAGGAACGACUUUCACAACGAUUUCAUCUCUAUGGCCUGAUUUCACAAUUUCACAGCUGCUUUUGAGUUUACUUUGCUAUAGACUCGAAAGAAGAUGGUUCAAGUAA